UGUACUGAGGAAAAACUGAUGGUAUGGAGUGGAAUGAGGAACAUGGAAAGAUCUGGAGAAUGCUGAGGAUGGGGGAACUCUGACAGGUGUUAUAAUUUCAAGAAAUGCUGUGACAUAUUUGAAGAACAGCACUCACAGAAACUUCUGUUGUGUGAAAAUUUUUAAAACUAGAAUGGCCUUGAAAAAGACACCUAAACUAUUUAAGACAUUUUUUCACUGGAAACUUUGGAAGUUUAGCAUUAUUGUAUUUGUCUUUCUGGUAUUUUUAUUUUUAUUACAAAGAGAAGUGGGUGUUCAAGAUUUUAAGGAUGAAGCAGGGAUUGAGCCAGUUGUUGGAAAGAAAAGUCAUGUAUUAGGUCUUGUGUUAAAUGCUAUGAACAAUAUCAAAGGUGCAAAGCCCAAAAUGCAGAUAAAAGCACCCAUUAGGCAAACUAAGGUUCCUGGAGAGAGACACUGCUUGCCAGGGCACUAUACUCCAGUGGAACUGAAACCCUUUCUGGAUCGGCCUCUUCAAGAUCCUAAUGCUCCUGGAGCUUCUGGCAAAGCAUUUAAAACCAUCAACCUAAGUUCAGAAGAACAGAAAGAGAAACAGGCUGGAGAAGAGAAACACUGUUUUAAUGCAUUUGCAAGUGAUAGGAUUUCUUUACACCGAGAUCUUGGACCAGACACUCGACCUCCUGAAUGUAUUGAACAAAAGUUUAAGCGCUGCCCGCCGUUGCCAACCACAAGCAUUGUCAUCGUUUUCCAUAAUGAGGCGUGGUCAACUCUGCUCAGAACUGUGCACAGUGUGAUGUACACAUCUCCUGCCAUCCUGCUGAAAGAGAUUAUUUUGGUGGAUGAUGCCAGUGUAGAUGAAUACCUGCAUGAUAAACUAGAAGAAUAUGUGAAACAGUUUCAGAUAGUUAAAGUAGUCCGUCAGAAGGAAAGAAAAGGUCUGAUCACUGCACGGUUGUUGGGAGCUUCAGUGGCAACAGGAGAGACCCUCACCUUCCUGGAUGCUCACUGUGAAUGCUUUUAUGGCUGGUUAGAGCCAUUAUUAGCAAGAAUAGCUGAGAAUCCUGUUGCUGUUGUAAGCCCUGACAUUGCUUCUAUCGAUCUCAAUACCUUUGAAUUCAGUAAACCAUCUCCUUAUGGGCAUAGCCACAACAGAGGAAAUUUUGAUUGGAGUUUGUCAUUUGGAUGGGAGUCUCUUCCUAAACAUGAGAAUAAAAGAAGAAAGGAUGAAACCUAUCCAAUUAGAACACCUACUUUUGCUGGAGGUCUCUUUUCAAUAUCAAAAGAGUACUUUGAACACAUUGGAAGCUAUGAUGAAGAAAUGGAAAUAUGGGGAGGUGAAAAUAUAGAAAUGUCUUUCAGAGUAUGGCAGUGUGGUGGACAGUUGGAGAUCAUGCCUUGCUCUGUUGUUGGCCAUGUCUUUCGCAGCAAGAGUCCCCACACUUUCCCAAAAGGUACUCAGGUGAUCACACGGAACCAAGUUCGCCUUGCAGAAGUGUGGAUGGAUGAAUAUAAAGAAAUAUUUUACCGAAGAAACACAGAGGCAGCAAAAAUUGUGAAACAAAAGACAUUUGGAGAUAUAUCAAAAAGACUUGCUUUAAGGGAGCGCCUGCAGUGUAAAAAUUUUACCUGGUACCUCACUAAUGUUUAUCCAGAAGCAUAUGUGCCAGACCUGAAUCCUUUGUUUUCUGGAUAUUUAAAAAAUAUAGGUAACCGCAUGUGUCUGGAUGUUGGUGAAAAUAACCAUGGUGGCAAACCACUGAUUAUGUAUUCUUGUCAUGGACUUGGAGGAAACCAGUACUUUGAAUAUUCUGCACACCAUGAAAUUCGCCAUAACAUUCAGAAGGAGCUUUGUCUGCAUGCUUCCAAGGGACCUGUGCAGCUUCGAGACUGCUCUUACAAAGGCCAGAAAACCUUUGCUGUUGGGGAGGAGCAGUGGCUGCACCAGAAGGAUCAAACUCUGUACAAUGAAGCACUACAUAUGUGCCUUACAGGAAAUGGAGAGCAUCCGAGUUUGGCAUCCUGUAAUCCAUUAGACCCCUUCCAGAAGUGGAUCUUUGGCCAGAACGAUUAAUAUUUGAUAUUACAGGCCACAAGCAUUUUAUUAAAAGAAAAGAACCAUUCUGAACUGUGAUCAUAUGCUUAUACUGGAUUUUUUUGUGAUAGUUUAAAUGCAGAAUGUUUAAACAGUUUCUUUUCCCUCUUAAGUUGGAUAUAAAAUGUGUCAUAAGAGAUUCCCUGGGACUCUGGUAUACCAAAGAUCAUUGGGAUCCUGGUUAUAUUUUGUUUACAAUAUUUCUAUGAUAAGACUUUAUAUGUUGACCACUGAUUUAUGGAUCCUGUUAGUUCUCUUACCUUAGGGGCCAUAUGUGGGGUUUUUUUUGACAUACUGUAAGUACUUCUGAAGAAAACUAAUUUUCUCUGUAGUGUCGUGAGAAAUUAUUGUCUGCUGUCUAAAACCCAAUACACUUUAUAUGUAUGUUUUUAUGCUCAAAUGGCUGACUUUAUUUUUUAUUAUAAUUUCCUUUACUCAGUGAAACUUUCUCAAUAUUUUUUUAGUUUCUUCACUUAAAAAAUUAGACCAUCAGGUCAAAUCCAAAUAGGAUACGACAUUGUGCUCAGCUUCUAGGAAGUCAGUUGUUUUUUAGAAGAAAAAAAUAAUUUCACUAAAAUAUGUAUUUAUGAUUAUUUUCAAGGAAAAUCUGCUUAUUUUGAUACUAAUAUUUUGUUUAGCCAAAACUUCUUGUAUAGUUUUUUUAUAUUUCAUGCACUUAAAAAAUUAUUAUGAAGUUUUAUUGUGGUAGACUCCUGAGCUGCUUAACAUUCACACAUUUUUCAGCAUUCUGUUCAUUACUGUUUGUAAAUUACAUGUUAUCUAGUAAACCUCUGCCCCUACCUUCUAGUGUUUUAUGCAAUAUUUACCUCAGAGGUUUCUAAUGUUAUCCAUAUGUAAUUUCUUGUGCCAACUCUUGCAUAUUAUUUUUUUUUCUUGUUUGAUUUCCUUGUUACAAAGGACUGAUCUCAGAUUUAUCAGUCUGAGUGAGACCUUGGCCUUCCUAACUAUUCUGCUAAUUAUAGAAAAGAAUAUAGCAUCAUCAAAUAUAUAAUACAUUUUUUAAAAUUUAUAAAGUGAAGACAAAAGUAUUUGGCUGCAUGAUCAAAUAUAAAGCUGAGAAGAAAUUUGAAGGAGUGGGUAUUAAAGGCCAAAUAGGACAAAAAUACACUAAUAAUAAAUCUGUUCUUUUGUUCUAGUAAGUAAUAUCAUUACAGAUAAAUGUUAACUUAAGUCUGGUGAAUAAUGGAUGAUGAUGUGGAGGUUUUUUUUACUUCUGUGGUGGGGAGAGAGCCUGUUUGUAAUUUAAUGGUACCUAGUUCCAUUUCUGAAUAAAAGCAAGUAAAAUUCUUUUCAGUACUUGUAAGUCAUCUAAAAGACAAAAAAGCGUAUAAGCAAGGACCAAUGAUAAUUUACCAGAAGCUUUAAUGCUGAUUUAUUUUUCAGGUUUGACAAUGCCUUUGAGUUGUGUCUCAGCUUUUGUAAGGCAACCUGCUGAGAGUAUCCCAGGAAAUUAAAGCUGUACAACUUAAAAUAACUUGAUACAGAGUGAACAGAAAUUGUUGAAAAGAGUGUGCCAGGAAGGGUUAUUUAUGCCACCGAAACUGGAAGGUUGUGUAGAACAACACUGCACAAAGAUCUCCCUGUGUCCUCUGAUGAAUAUUUUAAUUUGGUAAUGGAGUGUAAAGCAUUAUUACUUCUGCAGAUCAAACCAAUAUUUGAAGGCCAGUACACACAUUUGAUAAAAUGGGGGAAUUGAGGAAGAAUGUAACACAGGUCAGUGAUAAAAUUGUUGAAUAUGAAUGGAGGAUGGGAGAUUACACAGAGAGCAGCUGUGUUGUGUUGAACUUGGGUAUGGAAUGGAAACUCAGUGUCCGAGGAACCUGUUCUAGAAGACAAGCUAUUGAGCAUACCAGUUUAAAUGUACUUGUUCUUUUAGUUCUCAGUUCAUGUUAUAGAGGAAAUGCAUUAUUUUUAAUACCAGUAAAGGAUCUUUUCUUCAUGCACCCUGUUUCCUCUUAGAAGCUUGUCAUAUUGGGAUGUGCACAUGUGAAACAUCAUUUAGCUGCUCAUUUAUCAGUUGGGUUUUUGCCAUUUGUUUGGGGUUUUUUUUUAAGAGCUAACAUUUCAAACAAGGGUGGAAUUUCAAUUGCAAGGAAACGAGUGUUCUGUUGCACUUGGAAGUAGGAACUUCUUCCUAAACAAUGCUAGAGAAGCUCCACUUUGUGUAUUUUGGGUUUCCUGCAGGUGUAGCAAUAUAUGUAGGGGUUUCUUGCAGAGAUUAGGUAUAGCAAUUUACCUAGUUAUUAUAUUUUGUAUUUACUUCUAGAUAUAGAAAGGGAAAUUAAUUCUGUGAUUUAAAAAUGGUCUUUUAAAGAUUUUCCUUUCAUUUUUUGAGACUUCUUUUCUGGUCUAACAUAGGUCACUAGUACAAAACACAUAUUAUAUAUAAUAUUAUUAUGGCAUGUUAACUAUCAUAGUUCCUUAAACUGUGACAUCUUAGUCUGUAUUUUACAGUACCUAGUACAGUAGUUGUCUUGUACUCUCUACCACCUGCCAGAAAAGAAGGAAGCAGAUCUGUAAGCAGAGGAAAAUUUUAAAUUACUUUUUUUGUUCCGUUCUGUUUGAAGAUGUGAAACUAACUUUUAGGUCACAGUGACUAUUCUACUUCCAAAUAUUUGUGUGUGUACAUACAUACACAGGCAUCAUAUAAUACUAGGAGAGCAGUAAGAGAUCUGUAAAUAUGACUAGAGGUUUACGAAGUUGGAUUUUGGGGAUUUUUUUUUUUAGCUAAUAAAAAAGCAACAUCAUCUUCUGGCUGUUGAUAAUGUUCCCUUGAAAGUGGCUAAUAGUUUUAAAUAAUUAGAAAGGCUUGCUGACCAGCAGUUUGUUGCAGGGGGAUUCUCUGGCUCUUUUAUGUCUUUUGGUGUUUUUUAAGCCAGUUUCAGUAAGGUUAUAAUGCCCUUCUCUGCCCCUGUGCAGGGGACAAAGGUGAAGAGUAUUCCAUACACAGCAUGUAAAAAUUGGUACUUCCAUCAGAUGGGUGUAUGAAGUGCUGAAGGUUACUAGAACAGCUGGCAUCAGUGUUAACCUCCAUCUCACUGCUCUCCUACACAUCCAGGGAGUAAUCCCAAGUGCUGAAGAAGGCUUGACUUCAGGCCAGGCCAGCUGAGCCACGCUCCCAGCAGGACGAAGCAGUCCCAAACCUUUUGGGACUUCAGGGGCGGUGGCUCUGGGUGCCCUGCCUGGGAACAAGAGGGUCCUGCUGGUUCCUUGUGGCUCCACUUGUUAUGACACCUUGCACUGCAGUGGGAAUUUGCCAGCCCACCAUACCUGAGGAUUUUUUAUUUUUAUCACUUUGAGCAAUUGCUGCUUUAGUCUAGGGUGAGUAUAGAAUAACGUGAGUACUAUUAACAGAUCAGCCUACAAGGAACCUUAAGAGUUACAUCCUCCUACUGCUGAAGGGGCAUCCUGGGAUCUUGAAUUAGAACCAGCGUUGAAAGAUGUUUUAUGUUUGAUUGGAUCAGUGUGGCUUAGCAAGCCCUGGAGCAGCCCUUUCAGCCACAGUUCACAGCAAUGCCAAAAGCAGUCUAAUAGCAAAUAUUGGACUCCCAAUGGACUACAACCCUAAUUCCUGUGAGAACUUUCUAAUAAUCUAGAGCACAACCUCUCAUCUUUAUAGGGUUUUUUUUAAUACAAACAAUUUAGCUAUAUGCAAUUUAUCAUAUAAGCAAACUUAAGGACAACUUAUUUUUUAUAAAUGUGCAUUGCAGUUUGAAGAUAGCAGAGAUUGUGCAGUGAUUGUUAAUUAUUUUCUUAAUGAAGCUAUGUUGAUCAUCAAUUUUCAAAAUAAGCAGUUGUCCUGAAAUUUAGCAGUAUUCUUUGAAUACUGCUGUUGAAAUGAUCUGAUGUGUAAAAUUACUGCAAAUUGUCCACCAGAGAGAGCUGUUGCAAAAUUUUAUUCCAACAGCUGUUGAAAACAAUUGUUUCAUUACCUUAUUAUGAAUCAGGUACAUUCCCUGGCCACGGAAAAUUAUAGGCAGUAGUAUCAUUAAAGGGCAAAUGGAUAUACCUAAGAAGGCAUUUCUGUUUAUUUAAUUUAAUUGGCAUACAAAUAUUUAGAAACAAAAGAACACACACACAGAAAUUCCACACAAACUGCUUCUCCUUAUUGUAUCAGACUAUCAGGAAUGGGAGAAAUGGCUGAAAUUUCACAGAGUGCCUUUGGAGGCCCUGCAGGUGUCAGGGAGGAGGUGCAGCACUGAUGCCAGCUCUCUUGGCCGAGAGAGGCUCUCCAGUGACUGCAGAGCAGAAAUGAGACGCACAAUGCACUGGCAGCCAGGGUGUAACGUAGAAACCUGGUUUACUUCAUUGCAAACAAAUGGACAAUAUAUAUUGUACAAUAUAUAAUAAAAAUACAGCUGAUACAAGUGCCACUAAUUAACAAAAAAACUAAUAUUAAGACUUAAAAAUGCUCAUUUUUGUAAUAUAUACACUGCAGUAAUAAGCCACAAUAAAUACAUCAAAUUUCAUAUCAUUCAUAAUAAAUACGGAAAAUAUAAAUACAGAAGAAUACAGUUAAUUUGAAUAAAUUAUUACAACAUAAGAUCUAGGUUAAGUUCUGUUGAAUAUUAUUGUAGCUUAUAUUACCCUUUGGCAUCUUUGAUGUUACAACUUGUUUAAAAAAAGGAAAUUAAGGAAAUGUGUAGUUCAUGAAGCUUAAAAUUAUUUCCAUAUACAGAUUUUAAGAUGAACUUUCUUUCCCUUUGCUUCUUCAAACAGUUUAAAAGCAGCAGUCCAAAUAAAUAUCUUGCUUAACUGUUGAGACCUCCAUAAUUUUAGUAUGCAAGAUCAUCUGUAAUGGAAAAUGUUAAGUACGUAACAAUUACUUUUCUCAGAAAUUAGUAAUGUUAGAAGUAAUGUAGAAGUUUUAAACUAAUGGCUGCAAUUAUGCAUUUUUACUAGUCCCAUUUUAAUGGAUUACCUGUCUAAAAGACAAUCAACUUAAGUGCUUUUGAGUUUAUGCCAUUGUGU